AUGGUCGGUCCAGGCGGCGGUCCACCACGCAAGAGCCACACCAAAUCCCGUAACGGCUGCAAGACUUGCAAGAGAAGACAUAUUCGAUGCGACGAGACCUUCCCACAAUGCCGCAAUUGCACAAAGCACAACUGCCGUUGUGACUACCAAGAUACGGCUGCCACUCAAGGUGGUAGUCCCUCGCCGCCACGCCGGGGCCCUGACCUCCUCAUUUCGCCAGAGAUCGAAAUGGAAAUAGAUAAUUGGCAUCGCACUGGAGUGCCUCCAUAUCCGGAGCUCUUGCAGUGCCCGCGAUCUGGGUGGUCUGGCUUGUCACGGACCGAUUUGCGCUUGAUUCACCAUAUCAUUGGGCUUUCUAUUGACUUGCAUCGUCGAGGGUUAAGUGGCUGCACUGUGUGGGCGCAGAAGAUGCCCAAUUUCCUGGCUAUUUCGCUGGGCAGCGACUUCGUUAUGAGCUCUAUCUUGAGCUUUUCGGCGUUUCAUCUUGCUUUCCUUACGCGAGAUCAGGAGACUAAGCAGCUGGCUUUCCGUCAUAAAGUCACGGCUCUCCAGGGACUUCAGACGGCUCUGGGAUCCUUCUCGAAGGAGAACUGCGAUGCGAUUCUCGCGGCUUCCGUUCUUUUAUCAUGGCAGGCGACAGACCAUCAAAGUUGGGCAUCUUUGCAACAUGGCAUCUCUAGCGUCCUAGAGUCCAUGCAUCCAUAUUGGAAGCAAGAGUCAGAUAUUGCACAGUUGAUAGAAAACCAACGAGCACUGAGUACGACAGAUCUUUCAAUGGCCGGAGUCUAUCAACCACUCGAUGAAGACAUGGGAGAACUCAUUGAAUUCACACAGCAAUUCCGUGAUGACUUCCCCAACCAAACAACCGAACAAUCCUUCGAAAGCAUCCAAACCCUCCGCCGCUGGCUCUUCUGGCUCCCACCCUCCAUGCUCCGAAGCAGCGAGUCAGAUAUUAGCGCUCUCCCAAUUCUAGCCCAAUUCUUCGCCGUCGGCAUCGCUCUCGACCGCUUCUUCCCUGAGCUAGGCGGCGCAUACCUGGGUGCCCUAUUCAUUAGUCCCAUCGAAGAGAUAUACCGCAUAAUAGCAACCCACAACUCUGCAAACCCCUUCAACACCGACCUGCGUCUACCCCUGGAACUCAUGGACUUGCCCCGCAGCGUCGUCGCCCGCUAUCGCAGCCACCUCCACCUCCCCUGGUCCCCCCGCUCAUCAGUCGACCAUUACUCCCCUGGCCCACCCAGCCCCUUCCACCACAAUAUGCACGAGUACCCGCUCGUCACCUCUUCCUCGCCUGCUUCCGCCUCAACUUCUUACGCCGCUUAUACCCCGCCCUUGCAUUCCCCUCCUGCCGUCGCUAUUGCCAACUCUGGCUUCCCCAUCCAAGACGGCUAUGUCUCCGCCACAACCUCCCAUUCCCUGUACCCGCCCUCCCCACAGCUUCUCGAUAACCACGACGUGCACAUCGGUCUGUCGGAUUUGGGUCAUGGCCACCCCAAUUCUCAUGCUUCUAUUCCUCAUUCAGCGGCUUACACCCCGCCGUAUGGUGGCGAUGUGAUGUGCGCCGGUUUGCCGCGCGCGGAUGGCACACUCGGUCUCAAUAUGGAGGUCUAUCCACAGACACAUCCGUUUGAAAUGCCGGGCUUGGCUGCUCCUACUUCACUUUGGACUUGA